UGGUGGUGGAAAACUGAACAUGCAACUCAUUGCCGAUGAGAGAUCUCGCAGAAUUACCUUCCAAAAGAGAAAGAAGGGCAUUCUCAAGAAAGCUUAUGAGUUUUCAACCCUUUGCGGUGUAGAUAUGUGCUUGAUAAUCUACGGCCCAAAACAGUCUGAUCGGCGACCUACUGAACUCCACACCUGGCCACAAAAUCCAGAUGAGGUUAAUCGCAUUAUUGGCAAAUUUAAGCUCAAUAACAAACCAGCCACCAAAACCUACAACUUGUCCGAUUGGUUGCAUGAGCAAAAGGUCAAGAUGGAUGCUAAAAUCUCCAAACUGAGGAGUGAUAUGUAUGAGGCCAAGUACCCUACAUGGGACGACCGCAUCAAUGAUUUUUCAGAACAUCAACUGGAAGAGCUUGUACAUGUGUUGGAUCAAAAGAUUGAAUCCGGGAAGAGAACACUAAAUAAUGUGAGGGCACCACCAAAAUUGCUGCUAGGUGGAAACCAUGUUGCUGAUGUAACUAGCCAAAAGCUCUAUAAUCACAUGCAAGAUUAUGCGCACUACCUUGGUGAGUAUGAGGACCAAAAGCCUAGCUAUGUGAGUAUGAUGGAUAUGCAAAUGCCCUUCUCAAUUGAUCAGCCUACUAGCUAUUCUCAAACGCUUCAAUAUGAUUCAGAAUUGAAUUCGAUGAUGACUAAUCCGUUGAUGGGAUAUCCGAGCACUUACUAUGAUCCAAGUGGAGCAAGUCAGAUGAUCCAGUCUCCUGCCGAGAAUAAUCCGAAUAUGAUGAUGUUCAAUAGCGUUCCAAGUUCCUCAGUGAGCCACUAUGCCCAACUAAUACAGAAGCCUAUGUCGUACACGCAAUACCCGAUGAAUAUUUCGACUAUUUCAUCACAACUGGGAAAUUCUCAAGUAAAAGAUCGUGAAGAUGAUGAUCUGAUCCAUAACAAGAUGGUUUGA